GGGUUGAGGUACCGCUACUUCUUUUCCGUACUCCCUGACAGAUGAACAAUCCCCGACCGGCAGACCUCACACAAGUCCAGACAGACAGGAAAACUCCGCCCCCCCGUAAUUCUUCCCGCCCCUCGGCGUCCAGACAGACAGACCGACGGCUUGCCCCGCCCCCUGCUCUACCGACCGACUCAUCGACCUCAGCAUUCUUAGGUCUCUGAGUCCUCGCUGGUGACGCGGACCUCCUCCGCCGUCCACCCGCACCUCCCCUCCCCCGCUCCCGCCCAUCUCAUUCUGUCCCCACCCUGGGCCCCCAGGGCAGGUCGACAGCCUGGGACACUUCUCCGACCGCAUUCCCAGGCUGGGAGACCAACUGCCAGCGCAGUGUUUCCCUGUGACCCUGCAGCCGCUCUGAAGACCUGCCAUUCUUCCUUGCAUCAUCAGGCGUCUGAGAGGCACCCUAAGGUGACUUCUCUUAGAGCCUGUUAGUAGGUGGUCAUGACAGAGACAACGCCAUGAAAGUGAAUGGGUCAGGAGUGACCAGGUCUUUCUCCUCACCUUUUCCCAGACACACCCCUUGCAGCAGAUAUCAGAUCUAGUCUCACUCCAUUCUUGGGAGAAAAUAGCUCCCCAGGCCUAGGGUGGGACAUUGGCUCUGGGAAGGAAGAGAGACACGCUGGUCGCCUUUGAAGGCCUGUAGGUAGAGAGAGGAGGGAGGGUGUUUGCCCUUCAUAGGGCUUUGUGCCAGGUCCUCUAGGCGGCUGAGAGGUGGUGAGAGAAGGGGUAGGAACACUGGACUUCUGGACUUUGGGCAGGGCAGAUCCUUGUGAGUCCCUGGCUACUGAAAGAGUUUCUUCCGGGCUCUGGCCUGAACGCCACAACCAAGGGCCCUGCUCUGUAUACCUACCGCCCAGGCAAGGUCCCCCUGGCCAAGAUGUCAGGCCUGGUGCUGGGGCAGCGGGAUGAGCCUGCAGGGCACCGGCUCAGCCAGGAGGAGAUCCUGGGAAGUACCCGGCUGGUGAGCCAAGGGCUGGAGGCCCUACACAGUGAACAUCAGGCUGUCCUGCAAAGUCUGUCCCAUACUAUCGAGUGUCUACAGCAAGGAGGCCAUGAAGAAGGGCUCGUGCACGAGAAGGCCCGGCAGCUGCGACGUUCCAUGGAGAACAUCGAGCUGGGGCUGAGCGAGGCCCAGGUGAUGCUGGCCUUGGCCAGCCACCUGAGCACAGUGGAGUCGGAGAAACAGAAACUGCGGGCUCAGGUACGGCGGCUGUGUCAGGAGAACCAGUGGCUCCGGGAUGAGCUGGCGGGCACCCAGCAGCGGCUGCAGCGCAGUGAGCAGGCUGUGGCUCAACUGGAGGAGGAAAAGAAGCACCUGGAGUUCCUGGGACAGCUGCGACAGUAUGACGUGGAUGGGCACACCGCAGAGGAGAAGGAGGGUGAUGCCACCAAGGAUUCCCUGGAUGAUCUCUUUCCCAAUGAGGAGGAAGAAGACACCAGCAAUGGCUUGUCCCGUGGCCAGGGCGCCCAGCACAGCGGAUAUGAGAUCCCGGCCAGGUUGCGGACACUGCACAACUUGGUGAUCCAGUAUGCUGCCCAGGGUCGCUAUGAGGUGGCUGUGCCACUGUGCAAGCAGGCACUGGAGGACUUGGAGCGCACAUCUGGCCGUGGCCAUCCUGAUGUCGCGACCAUGCUCAACAUCCUUGCUUUGGUGUAUCGGGACCAGAAUAAGUAUAAGGAAGCUGCCCACCUGCUGAAUGAUGCCCUCAGCAUCCGGGAGAGCACCUUGGGCCGGGACCACCCUGCUGUGGCUGCCACACUCAACAAUCUGGCUGUGCUCUAUGGCAAGAGGGGCAAAUACAAGGAGGCGGAGCCACUGUGCCAGCGUGCACUGGAGAUCCGAGAAAAGGUCCUGGGCACUGACCACCCAGAUGUGGCAAAGCAGCUGAACAACCUGGCCCUGUUGUGCCAAAACCAGGGCAAGUACGAGGCCGUGGAGCGCUAUUACCGGCGGGCACUGGCUAUCUAUGAGGGGCAGCUGGGGCCGGACAACCCUAACGUAGCCCGGACCAAGAACAACCUGGCUUCCUGUUACCUGAAACAGGGCAAAUAUGCCGAGGCCGAGACGCUCUACAAAGAGAUCCUAACCCGGGCCCACCUGCAGGAGUUUGGGUCUGUGGAUGAUGACCACAAGCCCAUCUGGAUGCAUGCAGAGGAGCGGGAGGAAAUGAGCAAAAGCCGGCACCGAGAGGGUGGCACACCCUAUACUGAGUACGGAGGCUGGUACAAGGCCUGCAAAGUGAGCAGCCCCACAGUAAACACCACUCUGAGAAACCUAGGAGCUCUGUACAGGCGCCAGGGAAAGCUGGAGGCAGCUGAGACCCUAGAAGAAUGUGCCCUGCGCUCCCAGAAACAGGGCACUGACCCUAUCAGUCAGACCAAGGUGGCCGAACUACUUGGGGAAGGUGACAGUGGAAGGACCUCCCAGGAGGGCUCUGGGGGCAGCGUGAAAUUCGAGGGAGGUGAAGAUGGUUCUGUGGCUGUGGAGUGGUCAGGGGAUGGCAGUGGGACCCUGCAGAGGAGUGGUUCUCUGGGCAAGAUCCGGGAUGUGCUUCGUAGAAGCAGUGAGCUCCUGGUGAGGAAGCUCCAGGGGACUGAGCCUCGGCCCUCCAGCAGCAACAUGAAGCGGGCAGCCUCCUUAAACUAUCUGAAUCAACCCACUGCAGCACCCCUCCAGGUCUCCCGGGGUCUCAGUGCCAGCACCACGGACCUCUCUUCAAGCAGCUGACAUUCAACCUACCCCCCAGGUCUGCUGGGUCUCCCCCCAGACAGCCCUCUCAGCAUUCCCUAUUGCUCCUGGCUCUUCCGCCCCCAAGGUGGGACAGUGAAGGGAGAGCAGUUAAACAGAAGAUUGCUGCUGUCUUGGCUCCCUCCUCAGGAAUUCGCCUCAGGAAGGACCCUCAGGACAUCCUCUCCCCUCCCCAUAGUCCUCUAGAGUAGCUAGCUCUGAGGCCCCCAAGAUACAUAAGGAGCAGGUAUGCAUCUCAGAGAUGGAGCCUGCUGCUGGCUUUUCAAUCAGAGGGUUUGGGGCUGGCCAGCCAAGCUGCCUUGCUCUGGCCUCUCUUGUUCCCUCUGCUGCCUCACUUCAGGUCCACGUAUUUCACUUUUCUUAAAUAAAAGAAUCAGGUAACCGUUU